GGCCAAUAAUAUGCGCAAGUUACCCUGGGUUUCAAUUAUAGCUUUGAAGAUACAUCCACCCCGUUGGCAGAGACCAUAGGAAUUAAUGCCGUCUCAGAUGAUCCUAUGAAGCUACAUAGCUUUACAUCAUCAGAACUGAUACUAAAAGGGAUCGCCGUAUCAGCUCAUGUGUCAGCGAUGGGGCCAGAGUACAAGCUUCGACUUACAAGUCAGCUAAGAACGGAGAGGUAUUUAAUGCCGGUACAUAUUCAAGUCUCUAUCACCUGGGACGAGAAUGUCUCCGUUAUGGCCGCUAAUCCAGAUGAAUGGUUAAGACUUCAAGAAGAACGAAAACAGGAGCUUUUAUUCAUGGGCACAACUUAUUCUCAUAUUAAGGAACCAAGAUAUAUGUCUGAUAUUCAAGGACUGGUCCUUAGGAGAGUCUACUGUCUCACAAAUCAAGAUUCAUUUGUUAGAAUAGGACGGUUUUGUACAGAUGAUAUGAUCCCCUUUAAAAGAUACAUAGCUAGGUUAAAAGAGUUAAUAUAGCACCAAUAACAAAGGACAAGGUCAAGAACGGAAUAGUGGACAACCCAUUUCGUGGGGAAACCAUAGACCUGGAAAACCCUGAGCUUUCCG